GCCGUCCGUCAGGACGAUGCGCACAUGCGCGAAAGUGCGUCCCCGCCCCCGCCCCCUCUUCCGUGCGGACCCUUCCCGUCCCCUCUCUGUCACCUCACAGUAGUCGUUGCCGGUAGCGGGUGCGGGGGCGCGAGCGACGCAGGGCGGCCUCUCCCCCGCCCCUCAGGCCGGGCGCCGGGCUCGGUCCCCCCGCUCCCUCCGCUCCCGCCCGGGUCGGGUACGGGAAGGUCCAAGCCGCCGCUGGGUGCCCGAGGGCCGUCGUGGCCGCCGCCACGGGUCCCGAUGGAGCCGCCGAAUCUCUAUCCGGUGAAGCUGUACGUGUACGACCUGUCCAAGGGCCUGGCCCGGCGACUCAGCCCCAUCAUGCUGGGGAAACAACUGGAAGGCAUCUGGCAUACCUCCAUAGUUGUGCACAAGGACGAGUUCUUCUUUGGCAGUGGUGGGAUCUCCAGCUGCCCGCCGGGAGGGACGUUGCUUGGGCCCCCAGACUCUGUGGUUGAUGUGGGCAGCACAGAAGUCACAGAAGAAAUCUUUCUGGAGUACCUGUCCUCCCUGGGGGAGUCUCUGUUCCGGAACUCCACGUGGGUGCUUGCUGGUUCCUCAUAUCUUCUCCGAUCCUCUCUCACUGUGUCCAGAGGUGAGGCCUACAACCUCUUUGAACACAACUGUAACACCUUCAGCAACGAAGUGGCACAGUUCCUGACGGGGCGGAAGAUCCCUUCUUACAUCACUGACCUGCCCUCUGAAGUUCUCUCCACGCCCUUCGGACAGGCACUUCGGCCCCUCCUGGACUCCAUCCAGAUCCAGCCUCCUGGGGGGAGCACCGUGGGCAGACCCAACGGCCAGAGCUAACAGGACCGCAUGGGACCGCCCUGCCUCACCAGGGCUUUUCCUUUUUAAACAAAACAAACCCUACCAGAUUUCUAUUUUAUAAUUUUACAUCAGAGCUAACAACCAGGGGACGGCUUUUUAAAUAUCCCAGGGAAGGAGAUCACCAGGCUGCACAUGGGACAAUGCUGCUAAGGAACAGAACAAAAUGCCACCCCUUCCAAUAGUAUUACACUAAUUUAUUAAGGCUGUCUUGUCUGUGAGUUCACUUUUGACGCUGUUUCCCAAGCGUCCUCCACACUGGAGAGGGGGGUUGGUUAAGUAGCAAGCAAGAGGCACAAUGUGGGGAGCCCCAGCCUGGAAGUUCUUUCCAGAGAACACCCAUGCUGCACCCAGCUUGCCGGCACCCGUGGGAGCCAGGUGAGUCCAGCCACAUCCGUGCCCCAGGAGCAGUUAAAUGAACCAAAGGAUUUGGCGCACGGUGACUAGCCCAGCCUAAGUGAACUCAGCUACGACCUCGCUCCCUUCCCUCCCCAACCCCAGCAAAGCUGUGGGGCCAGAGCUGGAGCAACCAGCACCUCAGGACUGAGGGAGAGUGACAGCAAGGACCAGAGCAAACAGGACAAAGCCAUUCCUCCCUGCACCGAACUGAUGGCCAGGCCUGGACCAUCAGUUCUGGAAAACCUGUCCGGCCGCCCUCAGACCACUCGCUGGCACAGCUGGCGAAGGUCUGCGCUGCAGGGCGGAAACCAGGCCUUGUGCUGCAAAUCCUGGUGCAGGUCAUCUGUAGCCCUGUAACCACCCGUCCAGACCGAUACGCAGGCUGCAGCUGGGGACCAAGAGGGCUGACGCCCGGCUCUAGGAAAACAUCUCUGACGUAGAAAGAAUUAGCGGUGCAGAAUCCAGGUGGCAAGAAAGCUUAGAGCUGUUUCCGCUGGAAACUUGACCCUGUCCUGACUGUCCCGAUGCACCUGUUAUCACGUUGUCAUUCCGACUCAGGAAGCACGAGUGGGCAUUCUCCCGAGGACUUGUGCUGGGAGUCUCUGACCUGAAGAGACCCUCGCGUUCCCUCCUGUCACGUGAGCCUCCCUCCCGUCAGUCGGGCUUGGAGGAGGAUGUGAGGGGACAGGACCCAGGCAGCCCGAGUCAGCCCCGGCGUGCUCACGCCCCUCCUGCUCGGCUCCUGCCCUUCGCAGACUGUGCUGCUCCUCCCCGGAAAGCUGCUGCCAGCUCUGGCCCGUCCCCUGCCGCCUUUGCCAUGAGCCGUAGCAGUUGGCCUCAUCAGGGGCUCAGCUAAAGGAAGGGGGGGUGCCUUCUGCCCUAGUGUUGCUGGGACCUCACUGGGGGCACGUCCAGCCGGGACAUCAAGUGACGCUUUAGAACUGUAAGGUCGGAGCAUCUUUAGUUUUUCUCAAGAUGCAGUCACUGAUUCAGUGUGCACGCAGUGAUCAGCUGGAGCAAACGCUGGCAGGGACCGUUGUUUGCUGGUCCUCGUAGCAGGCUCAGUCCCCAGAGGGUGAGUUUCAGAGGCUGGGUUUCCUCUGGGAGAGGCAGGGUGUUGGUUGAGGCCAUCGCUCUGCUUCCCACCAGCUUCUUCCUUUUCCAGCGUUCCUUGUCCGGCCCCUCGCCCCCAGCCUCCUGCUCCAGUCCUCUCCCCUGUCUCCAGAAGGUGCUGGGCUUUCUCCUCUCCCACAUCCAGGCGCAGCCAGUUGGCUCCUUCCUGCAGUCCCUCAGACCCAGCGCUGUUCUGAAAAGUCAGCCCAAGUGACGCCCCUAGAGAGUCGGAGUCACCCCUGUUCGUGCCCAGCAGCAUUCGUGCCAAUGCCUGUGCCCUGGGGCUUGUGGGGAGACGGAGGGACCAUGAGCAGUCUUGCCAGGGCUUUGCAGGAAGGCAGGCCCCGCCGUCGCUGACUGGAAGCCCAGGCUCAGGCUCCGACCUCCCCCGCCCCGUCCUCACCUUUCGCUGUCUCGCCCAGAACCUCAGGAGCGUGCUCAUUGUGACCAGCUAACUCCGCAUGGGCGUGGACAGGCAGAGUGGAACGGGGUCACGUACUGUGUCAAGUGGACACCUCCGUAGAGGUCCGUUGGUUGAAAGGGACAGGGAGGGGGGAGGGAGGAGGGAGGAGGCCGCACCCCUUCCCUGAAAUAAAGCUUGCACCUGAGAUUUGUUCAUGCCCUCCAAGUCAAACUAAUAACUGUGUCUAGUAUGGAGGUGUUUGCUGGUUUCCUUUGAUGUUUUUUCUAAUGCAAUAAACUCAUGUCUGCCUGCUG